AUGUCUGUAUCGACAACCAAGAAACUCUAUGGGAAAAUGUAUGGGGUUGGAUGGCACCAAAGUAUGGAACUUGGGAAGACAUUGUCUUAUUAUGCUCCCAACUCUUGCAGUGAAGAAACUAUCACUAAGUAUGAAGAACUUCUGGAAAAACUUCCUGCUGUUGCUGACAUGUUCAAAACACAGUUUUGCUACUUAUUUCCUGCUGGAGCCAAGUCACUGAUUGAGACCUCACGAGAGGGCAGAAUUCCAUCGUUCGAUGAUUUUCUGGAUGGAAAUUCGAAGGCCCAACCCUUCUCAAACUGUUUAACACUAACCAAUGAUGAUUUUUCCAAUUUUCAAUACAGAGACAAAGACCACAUUGCAGUUGCAUUUGGGCUUUGGUGGACCUCUGCGCGAGAUUUCACUUCAGAGGGGAAGCCAGUCUAUUCUUUUCAAAGUGAUAAAGAUCACGAUGAAAUUGAUGGUGGUGGGUUCUUGUGGGGCGAGUAUGGAAUUGGUGUUGACUUUCAACAUCUGUUAAAAUUAAUUCUAAUAGGAAAGCAUGAUUUCCACUCCACAAUGCUGAGUGACAGUCCUGAAGGUGCUACUCGAUGGGGCACCUCAGUCCAACUAACCCAGCGUGGAGUUAAUGCUGUCUCCAAGUUUUGGCAACUGGAUAAUUUUGAAAGAGCAUUCACACCACAAGAAUGCAUUCAGAUGGCUUAUAAGAAGAACAGAAAGAAGACAACUGGACGACAGAAGGCAAAGGCCAAAGCAGCUGUGAUGAAACAAAUGAUGGCUUCCAUCUCAUGA